AGAGGGCGCGGCUUCCGCCCCACCGAACUCUCUUCUCUUUAACCUACCGGGUAACUGACACCCCUCCGCCUCCCCACGCUCUUUCUCCAUCCGCCGCCUCCCCCUUUCGGAGUUUGUGGCGCCUCCCCCCUCGUCACAGCCUCCGGUGAGCCCCUGGCCCAGGAUUGGCUCAAGAAACAUGGAACUUACUUCUUGUGACACAUUUGUGGCCUUGCCUCCUGCAACAAUUGGCAAUAGGAUUAUUUUUGGAAAAAAUUCAGAUAGAGUUUCCGAUGAAGUACAAGAGAUAAUUUAUUAUCCUGCUUCAUUUCAUGGCCCUGGAAGAAAACUUGAGUGCACCUAUAUAGAAAUUGAACAAGCAACAGAAACAUAUGCUGUUGUACUGAGUCGACCAUCUUGGUUAUGGGGUGCAGAAAUGGGAGCCAAUGAACAUGGAGUUUGCAUUGGUAAUGAAGCUGUAUGGGGAAGAGAAGCCGUAUGUGACGAAGAGGCAUUACUUGGCAUGGACCUUGUCAGGCUUGGACUUGAAAGAGCUGAUACAGCUGAAAAAGCAGUCAAUACCAUUGUUGAUUUACUAGAAAAAUAUGGACAGGGUGGAAAUUGUUCAGAGAGUAUGGUAUUUAGCUAUCACAAUAGUUUUCUGAUAGCUGAUAGGCAUGAAGCAUGGAUUCUCGAGACCAUAGGACAACAUUGGGCAGCAGAAAAAGUAGAAGAAGGAGUUCGUAAUAUUUCCAAUCAACUCUCUAUAACAACCAAGAUUGACCGAGAGCAUCCAAAAAUGAGAGAAUAUGCUAAGGACAAAGGCUGGUGGGAUGGUGAAAAGGAAUUUAAUUUUGCUGCUGUGUAUGCCCAUCUUAAUAAUUUCGGGGUUACUACUUCAUCAGGCAGAUACUGUGAGGGUAACCGGCUUCUGAACAAAUACAAAGGAAAUAUGACUUCUGAAACAAUGAUGGAAAUUCUCCGAGAUAAAGAAAGUGGCAUUAAUAUGGAGGGAGAAUUUCAGACUACUGGCAGCAUGGUUUCUAUUUUGCCUCUAGAUCCCAGCCUUCCGUGUAUUCAUUUCUUUACAGGAACCCCUAAUCCUGAAAGAUCUGUAUUUAAGCCAUUCAUUUUUGUACCAAAUAUAACUCAGUUACUAGAAACUAACUCACCAACAUUUGGACGUGAAGAUCCAGUUAAAAAGAAGCCGCGUUUUCAGAGUAAACCUGACAGAAGACAUUCUCUUUACCACAAACAUGAACAGGCAAUGGAAAUAAUAGAGUGUGAUGAGGAAAGAGGCAGAAAAAUGCUGGAAAAGAUGAGGAUGCUGGAGAAAGAAAUGCUCAAAGAGAUGGAAUCAGUCCUUCAGAAUAAGUGUCUUGACGUGAACAGAGCUGUUAACCUUUUUGCUCAAUGUGUGAAAGACGAAAUGAAAAUUUAUGAGUCAUAUGUUGGUUCUCAGUGAACAUACCAUGUUCAGAGGUCUUCUUCAAAGGCAGUCCUUAAGCUUAUUAAAUCUGGUAAAUCUGAGUUCAGCAGACUUUAUUACUCUUUAGUUAUAUUCAGGUGACUGAAAUUUAAUCUUGACUAUUACAGUAAAAACCAUCAAGCCAUUAUUUUUUCUGGGAUACUGAAGAAGAAAGUAAGGUUUACAUGAAUUUUAACCGAUAUAUUCAUUUCAUGGAACACUUAAAUGUUACUUGAAGGUAGCAGAUUGGAAUGUUAUGUCACUGUCAAAGUAAUGAUGAAUUUAAGCUGAUUUUCUAAUGCUGUGUGAAAGCGUGAAAUGUGUACAGUACAGAUUCAUAUGUAAUACACUUACUAUGCAGUAUCCUAAAAUGUCUUUCAGUUACAAUAAGAAAGGAGGCUGUUCUUUAGGGAUGCAGACUAUUUUUUAAAACAAUGUCAUCUGAGACUUAAGGAGAAAUUACCAGAAGAAACUUUCUUUUUUGAGACUAGGUCUCUGUAUCUCCCCCAGGCUGGAAGUGCAGUGACCACUUGUGGUCUUCAUUGUGGCUUGACAUGGAAGCUCUGAACCUAAUCCCUUUCUUACCUGGGCUAGGUUCACUCUUCCCUUGGACAGUCUGUCCCAUACUUACCUGCCCUCCCCAGGGCCCCCCAUGCUAGUGCCAGACAGUGUAGACACUUGAUUGGCUUUAAGCCUCCUAUAGCUCAAAGCUCUUGAGCUCAAGCAGCCCACCACAGGCAUGCACCACCAUACCCCAUAACAAGAAGCUUUUAAAAGAUUUACAUAUUGCUCUUCUGCUUGAUUUCAGGGUAUUUAUUCUGCCAAAGCACUUUAUGUAGCACAAAUGUGCUGUUUGUAAGACUGUGACUAACCAGUGAAUUCUAACAAUUGAUUUUCCAGUAUUUUGGGGGAAAAAUAUAUUUUAGCCUUAUUAAGUUAAUUUCAGCUGAGUAUCUACAUUUCUAGCAUCUAAGUACUUCUAAACCUUAUACUUGCCCUGCCUGCCUCUGUUAACUUGUGGUGUUCUUUUCUUUAUUUCAUUCUGUAGGAGGAAACCUUGUCUGAGAGCAAAAAGAUGGAGAUAACUAGACCUUAGCUGUUUUUUUUUUUUCUCAUGCCCCUUUCACUGUCUCAUAUUCAUUCUGCCAGGGGGAAAAAGAUUAGGAAAAGCAGAAAAUUAAGUAUUUGGGCAUAUAUUUCAAGCAGGUAGUGUUUAAUUCUCUUUCUGGGAAGGUGCCAGCCUGAUUGGUACAAGGAAUUUCUUCUCCUAGGAAUUCUUUGUAUCAGUGAAAUUACAGGUGUGAUCCCUAUUUCUAUCCCUAUUAAGGUUUAAAGGACAUUGCACAUCACACUUUUCAUUGAGAAACUAAAACAAUGUUGAGUGGGAUCCUUUAUGGAUGAUUUAUGAACAAAUAUAGACAAAAGUCAUAUAGAAUGAGAAUGUUUGGGGUUGGGAGGGGAUUCUGUUUUGCACAGGUGGAGAAGUCCGCACACUGAAGGGGUAACUGAUCCACAGAAGUAAGGAUACCAUACAUUCAGAUUACCAGGUUUGGCCUAUGUAGCUCAAGUGUUAGUAAAAAAAAAAUACCUUGCAUAUUGCGUGGUUCCCCUAAGUGUAGAUUAUUGAUAUUAGAAAAAAGCAUAAAUUUGUCAUUCUUCUACUAAGCUGAUGCUCCCUUUCCUAUAUGCACACAGUACGUGGGUUUUGUGGUUGGAAAAGGCCUCAGACACAUCUGGCCCAAACUCCUCAUUUUAUAAGGGAAAUACUUUUAAAACAUUUAGAGAAUUCAGAGCUAGGAGGCAUCCUAGGGGAUCACUUGGUAAUGUACAGAGAAGUUCACAGUAUUAGAAACAGGACAUCUGGGAAUGGGCUUAAAGAGGUAGCGACUUGGUUAAAGUUAGGUUAGUGGCAGUCAGUAUUUGAACCUACGUCUCAACUCUAAGGUUCAAUUUUAUUUUCAAUACAUCAUGCAAUCUCUUAUCAUAGUGCUUUUUUUGUGUAAUUUCUCAGUGUAAUCUGUCAGUCCAGAUGAAGCGUCUACUUCGUGCCAUCUAUGUAAUUGAUUUUUUAUGUUGGUAUUAGCUAAGUAUUAAAGUUGACUUGUGAAAAUAAUAAAGUAGGGCACCAAAACCUUUUUUAAGACCGAAGACACUUCAGACUGGGGUAUGUAGUUUGAGCAUUGCAGUUUGCCUCCCCAUAUAAUGGGUGACUUUUGGAGCUAGCAUUGGGGAAAUACUUAUAAAACACUUAGAGAAUUUAGAGCUAGGAGGCAUCCUAGGGAUCACUUAGUAACAUACAGAAAAAUUCAUAGUGCUAGAAGCAGGACAUCUGGACUUAAAGCCUGGCUUUUCUUUUUUACUACCUGUGUGACUUUAGGCAAGUCACUUCACCUGUCUAGUGUUCAGAUUCCUUAGCUAAGGUAUAAGGCCCAUUGAUCAGGAGUUAAGAACCUAAAAUCUAGGAACUUGUUUCUUUAAACAUUUUGGUAAAUGUAUUUCAAUAUAAUUGUUUUCUUUUGGUAUUCUAUGUGUUUUAUUUUGUACAUUUAAAAAUCAGUAUUCUGAGUCAAAUUUAUAAGAAUACAAGUCAGUCCCCAAUUGAUAAAUGGUCAAAGGAUAUGAACUGGCAGUUUUCAGACAGACAAAUCAACAUGUAGUCAUAUGAAAAAAUGCUUUAAAUCACUAUUGAUUAGAGAAAUGCAAAUUAACACAAGUUUGAGUUGCCAUCUCAUACCUAUAAGAUUGGCUAAUAUGACAAAAACGGUAAAUGAAAAAUGUUGGAGGGAAAGUGGGAAAGCUGGGACACUAAUGCACUGUUGGUGAAAUUAUGAACUGAUCCAACCAUUCUGGAGAGCGGUUUGGAACUGUGCCCAAAGGGCAAUCAAAGUGUGCAUAACCUUUCGAUCCAGCAAUACCACUACUAGGUCUGUAUCCCAAAGAGAUUUUUUUUAAAAAGGAAAAGGACCCAUUUGUCCCCAAAUAUUUAUAACAGCAUUUUUUGUGGAACUUGAGGGGAUGCCCAUCAGUUGGGGGGGUGGUUGAAUAAGCUGUGGUAUAACAUGUACUGAUGCAGAGUGAAGGAGAACAUUGUACAGAGUAACAGCAAUAUUGUACGAUGAUCAACAGUGAACUACUUAGCUAUCCUCAGCAGUACAGUGAUCCAAGACAGUCCCACAGGACUCAGGGUGAGGAAUGCCGUCCGCCUCCAGAGAAACAACUGAUGGUGUCAGAAUACAAACCGGAGCCUGCCUUCUUUUCCUUUUCUUUCCUUCCUCAGAAUGACUAAUAUGGAAAUGUUUUACACGAUUGCACAUGUGUAGCCUAUAUCGGAUUGCUUACCAUCUCGGGGAGGGGAGAGGAAUAGAAUCUGGAACUCAAACCUUAAAAAAACCCCAAUGUUAAAAUUUGGUUUUACAUGUAACUUGAGGGAAAAAUAAAUAUUAAAAAAACCAGCAUACCACAGUAUUCUGAGAAGGGGUCUAUAGGCUUCACCCAGAUUGUACAAGUAGUUUACCAUGACAUAUGCAAAAAAGCUAAGAACCCCUGGACUAGAAAAUUUCUUAAGGUUUCUUCUCAAGUCCUAGAAACUUAGUUCAUACCCCACAUUUUCCAUUUGAAAAGUGGGGAAAGUGAGACAAAAUAGCAUCUCAAGAUCUUGUCAAAAACUGUCUUUGUCUAGUGGGGUCUUUUUCUAUGGAAACAUCUGAUUUUGCUGUUGUUGAGUCAUUACACUCAUGUCCCACUCUUCUUGAACCCAUUUGGGCUUCUCUUGGCAAAGAUACCAGACUGGUUUGCCAUUUCCUUCUUCACCUCAUUUUACAGAUGAGGAACUGAGGGAAACAGGAUUAAAUGACUUUCCCAGGGUCACACAGCUACUAAGUGUCUGAGGCUAGAUCUCAACUCGGGAAGAUGGGUCUUCCUGAUUCCAAAUCCAGUGUUCUAUCCACUGUCAUAUAGCUGCCCGUCUAAUUUUAUGUGUAUCAAUGCAAAAAUACCUAGAAACACUCAAAAUACCUCCUAGACAGUUUUGUAGUUACACAUCUUCCCCAGCAAGUGGUACUACUAUUAUGUAUUUUUCUUGUAACUUUCACAACAUUAAUACCUAUUUUCAAUUUCUUAUGUUGUGAUUUGUUAAACAAGGCCUUGCUAUGGUAUACAUUCUAUAUUUCCAAAAUCAUUCACUACCAUUGCCACGCACCAGAAGUAACACCUUUUAUUUAGCCCAUUUGGUAGCUUAUACUUGAACCUACAGGUUUUAGCUCUUUCCUUUUAAUAUUUUCUUAAAUCUUUUCUCCAUUUCAUGAAUUACAGUAGUUUUAUAUAGUAAACUUUACUAUCAACCAAAAUAAUACUCCUACAGGAUUGUUGGGUUUAAAUGAGGUAAUGUGUACAACAAAAUCACUCGCUAACUAUAAAGCAUUAUAUGUAAUUAUUAUUGAUAAUAAUGAUGGUAAAUGUAUAAUAUCCCAAUCUUAUAUAAGUGUGAGUACUCCCUCCACUGGUGCUAAUUGCACUCCAUCCAUGCCUUUUCAUCCAGUGUUAUUCUUUUUACAUUUCCAUUCGUCUUCCAUAAAGGAUCUAGGCACUCAAGACCUUCUUCCGGUUAUUUUAAUAUUUCAAAUACCAGUAUUCUCAAUGAAGACUUUCAUACCACUUUUCACAUAUCAUUGUUGGCAAUGCUUACCUUCUACUGUGGAUGUUUCCUUACAGUUUCCUAAGAGCACGGUGCUCAUGUGUUUCACGGCCUCCCAGUAUUAUUACCUGGAUAAUAUUAUGCUAUAGAGCAGAUUGUAAUCAUGGAAAGUAUUAUACAGUUUUUAACUGUGAUCCACCCUGAUCUCCAGUGGGUUUAUUUUCCAUCUGCAGUGUUUAUCCCAAGUUACAUUUACUUAGGGAUUAGCUUAAUGAACUGCCCAUCCAACUAUGUAUUAUAAUCCAGGAAAGCCUGACUCAGAUUCAAGGUCAGUACACAAUGAGGCACUUACAGGGCAUUCAGCAGUUAACAAAAGGUACAAGGAUAUUGCAGCACUGAGCUUGGGUAGACCAGGCUCCCUCAUCUCCAAAUGGAAAGGUCACCUGUGAGGGCUUGUACAAUCUCAGGAUAUAUGCCAAAUGCGAACUCCACAUGGGUGGGCCUUUUUUGUAACUAAGAAACCACACCAGUACUAUCAGAGGAUACUAGAAAGCUAUGUCCCAUAAGGUACAGCUUUGAGCCGAAGUCCUCUGGCUCACUCGAAUCUACGGGACACAUCUUGUUAGCCUAAACCAUGUUGCCAGGGAUGAGGCAAGUCCUGUAGAAAGUGGUCCUGCCUCACAUGCAUUUUGAAGUAUUUCAUUGAUGCUUUUCUAUGUGGUAUCAUCAUUUCCCAAUGACUCCUCCCCACCUCCUCCAAUUUUCCUGUGGGAGCAGUAAGCAAAACAAUACUUUGGCCAUGUCUGAAAGUGUAGACUACCGAGCCCUCUUAAGUAUUUGUCGCUGCAUCUCUCGGACUUCUUCAGUCUUCCAGCAUUAUUUUUCUUUACGUUCAUGUGGUCAUUGUGAAAAUCAUUCUGCUUCUGCUUAUUUCAGUAUUAGUUUAUAGAGGUCUAACCCAGUCUUACUGAAUUCUUUAUUCUGGAGACACAAAAAUGUUCCAUUAUGUUCACACACUACCACAUGUUCACUCCUGUCUGCAGGAGACGAGUCACCACUUUCCUUCCAGUUCUAUGCUAUUAAAAAGUACGUUUGUACAUAUGGAACCUUUUUACUCUGCUUGACCAUCUUACAGUAGUAUGCCUAGUAAUGGUAUUGCUAGAUCAAAUGACGUGUACAUUUGACUUUCUCAGCCUAACUUCAAAUUGCUUUCCAGAAUGGAGGGACUAUUUCAUAAUUGCAACAGUGCAUUAAUGUGCCUGCCUUCCCACAACUCAACUGCUAUCAUUUUUGUCUUCUGACAAUCUGAUUAACAUGAAGUAAAACCUCAAGAGCUGCUUCAAUUUGUAUUUGUUAUUAGUGAUCUGGAGCAUCCUUUCAUGUGGUUGUUGGUAGCCUGUGCUUUUUUUCAAAACUGCUCAUAUUCUUUGACAAGGCACACCCACGCAUGUGUCUGUGUGUGUAUUCUUCACAUAUGUUGGAUGUCAAGUUUUUCUUAGACAUUUGCUGCAAAGAUUUUUUUCCAACUCCUUUCUGUUAAUUCUACUACACUGAUUCUUUUUCCAUGCACAAGCUUUUCAGCUUUAAUGCUCUCUGAUCACCUGUAUCCAUUAUUUAGUUAAGAAUUCUUUCUUUGGUCAUAGUUGCGCAAGCUAUGUAUUCUGUCUUAAUUUGUUUUUUACUGUUUUGAGUUACUAGUGUAAUGUACAAUAAACAAAACUUAGUGUGUUCUAUAUUUCUAUUAAGUUCUAAUACAAGUUAUUAAAAGUUCUAAUUUAAGUAGGA